GAUUCUCUGGUCGGUAUUCUGGAUCUGAAACCAAAACCGAUCCACAUCUGUAUCGUUAUUGCUUGACAAGAUCUUGUAUUAGCAGAGAUAAACAUCCUACAUACAUACCAGCUCAAAUUGGGAUAUUGACCUCAAACUAUAGACCUAAGGUCUAAUUCAACAAAGUAAAUCAGUGAAGAACAACGACUAGUUUGUGAAAUAAUAGGGGCUGUAGUUGCAGACGACAUUCCAGCUGAUCCUUGAAAGAUCAAAUGAAAUUAUUAUAGGAAACCAGAUAAUAUUUUGAAAUCAGCUGCGAAUUAUAAAAGUACCAUCCUGGACUUUGAAUUUGGUAGCCCUUGAAAUAGCAUGUCUGCAAUUUCAAUCAUCUGUUUGUUUCUACUUUGAUGUAUUGAAAUAUGGAUCCAAGAAACAAUCUCCCUUCAUUAUCAGAGAUUUCUCCAUCUUUACUUUCCUUUCUCAGUGACAAUUUUCAAAAUAGAGGUGAUCUAUUAAAAGCUCCAGAUCUUGUCUCCAAAUUGCAAAAACAAUGUUCUGAUUUGGAUCACAACUUGAACGAUCUAAAUCAUAAACUCGAAAAAAGUAUUGUUUCAUUCGCAUCACAUUCAGAACAACUAGGGAGUCUUUUCAAUGUAAUCAAUCUCAAAUUAAACCAUCUUCAGUCUUCAGAUUUCCUUUCUGGAUCUUCUACAGGAGGAGAAGAAGAUUCUGGGAGGGUGAAGCACAUAUUAGGGGAGGAGUUGCCAGCGCUGGCGAAAGAAGUGGCAAGAGUAGAAACUGUUCGCUCUUACGCAGAGACAGCAUUGAAACUUGACACUCUAUUUGGGGACAUUGAAGAUGCAGUCUCCUCUACCAUGACAAGAAACCUAAGGAAGUCGCCCCCUGGGACCAGUUCAGAAGAAACACGAUUGCUUGCCAUUAAAUCUCUCAAACUCACAGAGGACAUACUGAGUUCUGUUGCAAAAUCACGGCCGCAGUGGAGACGUCUUGUCCACGCAGUUGAUCACAGAGUGGAUCGAGCUUUAGCUGUUUUAAGGCCCCAGGCAAUAGCAGAUCAUCGAUCCCUUCUUGCUUCUCUUGGAUGGCCACCAACUCUUUCCAUCUCCAAAAGUGUGAACACAGGGAAAUCAAGUGUGGUUCUGAACCCUCUUUUCACAAUGCAUGGUGACUUGAAAAACCAGUACUGUGAAAAAUUUCUCGCUUUGUGCGGUCUACAGGAAUUACAGAGCCGAAGAAAGUCACGGCAACUUGAGGGGCACUAUCAUGAAGUUGCUAUGCGCCAUCCACUUUGGGCAAUUGAAGAACUAGUAAAUCCAAUUUCAUUGGCAUCAGAACACCAUUUCAAGAAGUGGGUUGGAAAGCCAGAAUUUAUUUUUGCUCUUGUUUAUAAGAUUACAAGGGAUUUUGUUGAUUCCAUGGAUGAGCUGUUGCAACCAUUGGUUGAUGAGGCAAGACUUGUUGGCUACAGUUGUAGAGAAGAAUGGAUUUCUGCAAUGGUAACCUCCCUCUUGAUGUACUUGGCGAAAGAUGUCUUCCCUGUCUAUAUUGAUCAGUUGGAUGAAGAGAGCGUCAAUGGGGUUCCAUCACAGGCUAGAUUUUCAAUCAUGCAUCUUGUAGAUUUAAUGAUUUCUUUUGAUAAACGAGUUCAAUCCCUUGUAGCUGAUUCUGGAGUUUUGAAUUCAAUUAGGGAUGAUGAGAGUUUCCGGAGGAUCUCCACCAUGUCCAUCUUUUGUGAUCGGCCUGACUGGCUUGAGUUAUGGGCAGAAAUAGAGCUUGGUGAUACAAUGCGUAAGGUGAGACUUGAGAUGGGGGACGAACGAAAUUGGAAAAGUAAAGUCCAAGGAGCUUUGCUUGUGUCAGGGUCUGAGAGUUACAAAUCUCCUGCAAUUGCUGCUGCUACUCUUCGCCAUUUAUCAGCCAUGAUUGAUCGUUGUAGGCCAUUGCCAAGUAUUUCUCUGAGAGCAAGAUUUAUAAGAUUGGCAUGUGCACCCCUUUUGAGGGAAUUUCUUGAUUGCUUACUUCAGAAGUGUCAAGAAGCCGAGGGGUUAACUGCCAUAGCGGAUGAUGAUGGCCUAAUCAAGGUCACAAAUUCUGUUAAUGCAGCUCGUUACUGUGAGUCUGUUAUGAAGGACUGGUGUGACGACUUGUUCUUUCUUGAAAUGACAUUAGAUCAGGGUGAUGAAGCGAUAAUAGGAGUUGAUGAGGACACUUCAGGCUUAGGUGGUGGUAUUUUUAAUGAAGAAAUUGGAAAGUUUGAAGAAUUUCGGAAAGACUGGACUGAAAAGAUAUCAACUGUUGUUUUGAGGGGAUUUGAUGCUAGGUGUAGAGAGUAUAUGAAGAAUAAGAAGCAGUGGCAGGAAAAGGAGGAAGGAUGGAAUGUCUCCAAAUUAUUUGUUGGGGCUCUUGAUUAUCUGCAAGGAAAGAUAUCAAAGCUAGAAGAGGGUUUAAAUGAGAUUGAUUUUAUUGUUGCAUGGAGAAGUUUGGCCACUGGAGUUGAUCAUCUGGUUUUCAAUGGUGUGUUGAUGAGUAAGGCGAAGUUCUAUAAUGGUGGGGUGGAAAGAUUUGGGGGCGACUUAGAAGUCCUGUUUGGGGUUUUUAGGGCGUGGUGUUUGAGACCUGAAGGGUUUUUCCCGAAGGUGGGCGAGGGAUUGAAGUUGUUGAAAAUGAAGGAGGACCAGCUGAAAGUAGGUACUGAAGGAAUUGAAAGAUGGCUGAAAGAGAAACAGAUAAGACAUUUGGGUGUUCCGGAGGUAGAGAGGAUUGUUAAGAACCGAAUUUUUAAGAGUUAGAAAUCACUGAAGACACUAGGUUUAGUCCGAAGAAGGGUAAAUUUUAUUAAAAAGAUGGCACAAUUAUGUAACAAUGGGUGUUAUUAUUGAAACAAAAAUGGUUAACAUUGUAAAAAUGAAUGCGCAGCAAAUUAUUGAAAUUGUAACGGCAUCAUCUUGCUCAGGUUUAUAAGAUGUUGCUUUGUCAUGUUUUGGCGUCUUUCAACACAUGUAUUACCGUACGAGUGAUUUUAUCUUCGAUUUUUAGGCGAUUAAUUUUUCGCGCUUAAGCCGAUUAUUUCUUAA